AUGGCAUCUUGCGCAACAGAAAUUGAUGGCAAACGCGAGGUUGGAGAAAAAGACAGCAAAAACGACGUUUCUGACCCAACCCAUACUCCCGUGGACCAGGGCACCCAAAUUCUCUACAAUGCAGCAGUCAACAAAAUCGGAAUCAGACUUCACCCUCAACCGACUGCAGACUUCCUAGAUCCAUUAAACUGGUCAAGCCUCCAGAAACAUGGCAUAUUAUCUAUCGUUAUGUUUAAAUAUUUCCUAUUCACUUACCUCACGACCACCACAGUCCCUUCGUUUACGGAGAUUCAAGAUCAAUACUUGAUCAACUAUUCGCAAGUCAACUGGACUGUCGCCGUGCCGGCAUUAGGGUUAUCCGUCGGACCACUCAUAUGGUCAUCGCUUGGUGACAUCUAUGGUAGAAGGGUGGUUUUUAUAGUCGGAACAACCAUAUCACUGGUCUCGACCAUUGGCGCUGCUGUAGCUGAUACCUAUUCGGGAUAUAUGGCUGCUCGCUUCUUCCAAGGAUUUGGGGUGAGCCCAGCUUCUAUAGUCGGAAUGGCAGUGGUCGGCGGCCUUUUGGGCCUCGUAAGUGCUUUAUGGAUAAAUUGGUUCAACGCAAUCCUCUUUGCGUCAUUACUACUUCUCGAACUCUUCUUCAUGCCAGAGACCCUCUACCCCCGCAACAAGAUGCUUCAGCAAAUGCCUCGUCUUGAUGGCAACAAAGCUCUUCCGAGUGAUAUUGAAAAGCAAAUAGCAGGAGAUAACACGGUCACAUCCAUAUCUCCGGCAGAGACCUUACCAUCAGAGCCACGCCGGACAAAGAACCUGCCUUUCAUCAAUUGGCGUCCUAUUCCCGGCAUGCGCCAUCCCAAGCCGUGGGACUCAAUUACUCGGUUCGUGUUGACGUUCCAAUUACCCGCAGUAGUUAUCGCAGUUGUCGGAUACAGUUUUGUCUGGUAUUGGUGGAUUUUAUCUGUCAUCACGAUGGUACCCGCAGCUUAUGCGACCUACACACCUCUCAUCCAGGGGCUGUUGUUCCUCGGGCUGUUCCUUGGGACCUUCCUCUCGGAGAUUGGGUGCUCUGGGCGGUUAAGUGACUUUAUUCUUGAGAAGUUGUCGAAAAGGAAUGGCAAUAUCCGCGUUCCAGAGAUGCGGUUGUGGUUGGCGUACCCGGCUAUAUUGGUCACCACUGUUGCGGCUGGUAUCCAGAUAGGCAAUACUCUAACUACUAGCUACAUUGUUGACUGCUACCCAUUACAAACAACGAGCGUGGUUACUUUCUACGCCGUAUUUCUGAACCUGAGUGCUUUUAUCAAUCCGUUCUUCAUCGCCUCCUGGCAAGCGUCUUCUGGUUGGACCCGGACAUUUACUACCCAAGGACUUAUUGUGCUUGCUGGUGGGGGUGUGGUGUUUGGUGUUCUGCAUAAAUUUGGGGCUCGGAUGCGUGCAAAAGCACCAGAGCCUUCAUGGGUCAAUCCAGAGUUUGAUAUGGACCCUUGA